AUGCCGGAGCACGUGCGCGAGAUCCUCGUGCAGCCGGUCGCGCCCAAGCGCGAGGCCGAGAGCGAGGAGCGCACCCACCGCAUCCGCUCGCGCUUCGAGGAGGCGGCCGCCGACGCGCAGGCGCUGCGCGGCAUGCUCAUCGGCGAGGAGGACGCGACGGCGUGGUGGCGCACGCCGCGCGACGUGGCGCCCGGCGGGCGCGAGGUCACAAAGGACGACCCGCUCACCGUCCUCGUCGCCGGCGGCGGCCUCGGCGGCCUCGCCGGCCUCAUCACCGCGGCGGCAUGCCACGCCAAGGGGAUGAAGGUCGCGCUCUUCGAGCAGGCGUCGUCGUACGCGCCUCGAAUGCGCCUGCGCGCCAUCGAGCGCAUCUCGCCCGAGUGCUUCCAGGAGCUCGUCGCCGCGGGCACCGUCACCGCCGACCGCGUCUCCGGCCUCAAGAUUGGCUACAAGAAGGGCAACAAGCUGGCGGGGCUGUACGACCGCGGCGACUGGCUGGUGCGCUUCGACACGAUCGGGCCGGCGCUCGAGGCGGGGCUGCCGGCGACGGUCGUCAUCGACCGCCCGGUCAUCCAGCAGAUCCUCGUCAAGCACGGCUUCCCGGACGGCACCGUGCGCAUCAAGUCGCGCGUCGAGUCGUUUGAGGACCUCGGCGACGGCCGCGGCGCCCUCCAUCACGAACUCGACGUUCUCGCGCAGCUGCGCGUGCGGGUAGUCCGCACGCUCGGCCUCGCUCGCGGCGCGCUCGCCAGCCUCCUCCGCCCGGCGCGCCUUCUGCCGGGCCUUCUUGGCCUUGCGUGCCGCGGCUCGAGCCGCGAGCUGCUCCUUGGUGGGAUCCUUCUUCUUCGGCGCGGUGCGCUCGAUGUACGAGCGCUCCGCCGCCUGCACGUGCUUCAGGUCGACCUCGAUGGUCGCGUAGCCAGGCUUUAUCACCCUGACACAAGAAACACCGAACAACCCGCUUGCGACACUCACUGCGUCCUCCAGUUGCGCGCGAUCGGAGCCAUUCCAGGCUACACGUGCGCGCCAUGCCCAUGGGCCGACGUGCCCGCCGACUCCGAAUGUGCACUGUAG